GGGUACGAAUUUCUGACAUAUGCAAAUGAGAUUUUGUUUACGCCAUCUUGAAAUUCUAUGAUAUUUCAGAGGUAAAAAUCAAUCAAAAUCCACUGAAAAUAACUUGCAUCAACCAACAUAUUGGAGCAGGGAUUACGCAUUAAGGUCUUGCAAUGACAUCUACGGACGCCAAACUCUCCACGACGGAGCGAGUCGUGAGAAGCGUCCCAUUUCCUCCUAGUCAUCGUCUAACAAUGAGUGAGGUGUUUGAUGCCAAAGGCAAGCCAAGACCCGAUGUCUUAAAACAACAUUUUAUCCUAGAGGGUAGAGUGACAGAAGAUGUCGCAUUGAGGAUCAUAAAUGAAGGAGCUGCCAUAUUGAGAACAGAGAAAACCAUGAUAGACAUAGACGCACCUGUCACAGUAUGUGGAGAUAUACAUGGACAGUUUUACGAUUUAAUGAAACUAUUUGAAGUAGGCGGCCCACCGGCAACAACACGCUACCUCUUUUUAGGUGACUAUGUAGACAGGGGAUACUUUAGCAUAGAAUGUGUAUUAUACUUAUGGGCACUAAAAAUGCUGUACCCCAACACAUUUUUCUUACUUAGAGGAAAUCAUGAAUGUAGGCAUCUAACAGAAUACUUCACAUUUAAACAGGAAUGUAAAAUAAAAUACACUGAACGGGUGUAUGACGCCUGUAUGGACUCAUUUGACUGUCUCCCAUUAGCAGCACUGAUGAAUCAGCAAUUCUUAUGUGUACAUGGAGGUCUCUCUCCAGAAAUACACACUUUAGAGGAUAUUAAGAAGUUGGAUAGAUUUAAGGAGCCUCCAGCAUUUGGUCCAAUGUGUGAUCUAUUAUGGUCGGACCCCUUAGAAGAUUUUGGUAAUGAGAAAACCACAGAACAUUUUACUCACAAUAGUGUUAGGGGUUGCUCAUAUUUCUACAGCUAUCAGGCAUGUUGUGAAUUCCUCCAACAGAACAAUUUACUUUCAAUAAUACGAGCACACGAAGCCCAGGAUGCUGGAUACCGAAUGUACAGAAAAAGUCAAACAACGGGGUUCCCUUCUCUAAUAACAAUAUUCUCAGCACCAAAUUACCUGGAUGUAUAUAAUAAUAAAGCUGCCAUAUUGAAGUAUGAAAAUAAUGUGAUGAACAUAAGGCAGUUCAACUGCUCACCACAUCCCUACUGGCUACCUAACUUCAUGGAUGUAUUCACUUGGUCAUUGCCAUUUGUAGGCGAGAAAGUGACGGAGAUGCUAGUGAAUAUACUGAACAUCUGCUCAGACGAUGAACUCAUGUCAGAAGGUGACGACACAUUUGAAGGAGGAACUGUAGCAGCAAGAAAAGAAGUCAUCCGAAACAAAAUCCGUGCCAUUGGCAAAAUGGCCAGGGUCUUCACCGUAUUAAGGGAAGAAAGUGAGAAUGUAGUGCAACUGAAAGGCCUCACCCCUAAUGGCUUACUUCCCUUAGGAGCUCUCUCAGGCGGCAAAGAGACGCUAAAACAUGCUAUGACUGGAUUCUCCCCGAGUCACAAAAUCAGUGGUUUCGAUGAAGCGAAGGUGUUGGACAAAAUGAAUGAAAGGAUGCCCCCUAGAAAGGACGCUGUCAACAAUUCCACUGAUAAAAGUGGUAAAUUGUGA